CAGAUUGUGUUGCCACUGUUAAAUCGUCCGAACGUGACCGCCGACCAGACUGGUUUUAGUUAAGUGUAUUAUAAACUUAAAAGUUCCUCCGAUCAAAAUAACUGUUUUUAUUAAGAUGUUCCUGAGGCGGCCGUUCGUUUUCGUCGUUUGUUUUUUCAUCAGCUUCGUCGCGUCGAAUUCGACCGAUUCCAAAUACGAACUGCAGUUUUUCCACGCGGUGUUUCGCCAUGGUGAAAAAGUGCCCGAUACAAAAUUCCAGAACUACCCCAACGAUCCAUAUAAAAAUUUUAAUUAUUAUCCGCUGACCAGCGGCGAUUUAACCAACCAAGGCAAGAUGCGAGAGUAUAAAAUCGGACAGAUGAUGCGCGAGAGAUACGAUAAAUUUAUCGGCCCGUAUUACUGGCCGAACGAGGUGUACGCUCGAUCCACCGAAGUCCCGCGAACUGCGAUGUCUCUUCAGUUGGUCUUGGCGGGAUUAUUCCCGCCGUCUACUGUACAACAAUGGCAUUCGGACCUGAAGUGGAUACCGACGUACACGUUCUUCGUUUCGUAUCUGGACGACACUCUUCUCUUUCCCCAAUAUUGUUUCCGAUACAUUCGAGAAUUCAAAGCAUUUCUCAGACAACGGAGUACGCAGGCGUUAAUCAAUCGAUAUCAAGAUACACUGACCUAUCUGACAAAACACACUGGCAAGACGAUCGACCGUCCGUACAGUGUUUUGCAUUUAUAUAAUCUAUUCAAGGAACAAUCCGCGAACAAUUUGACACUUCCGGAAUGGACCAAAACAGUUUACCCAAAACCGAUGGAUGAGAUAGCCGCGUUAAGUUUCAAAUUCGCUUCGUAUACAGACACUUUGAAAAGAUUAAACGGAGGCAUGAUGCUCCGCAGAAUUGUGAAUGACAUCGAGGAACAUCAAGCGGGAAAAGCGCUGCCCGACAGAAAAGCUUUUCUUUUUAGCAGUCACGAACUCAAUGUGGCCGCUCUCGUUUACGCUUUGGGAAUAAACGAAGUGAAACUGCCAGCUUACGGUUCCACUGUUAUAGUGGAAACGUAUCGGGAUAAGUUGGGACUUUACUACAUUAAGGUCCUUCUAUGGACAGGUGUCACGGAGGAAUUGAUUCCGCAGAAGAUUCCGGGAUGCGCGGAAUUUUGUCCGUUCAAUGAAUUUCUCGCUAUUGUGAAGAACGUUCUGCCAAAUGAUAACGAGUAUCGCUGUUUGCCGGAUGAAGAAAAAUCAGGAGCCGAUUAUCGAUCGGCAGCUAACACAGUCACCUCAAGUCAAUAUAUCUUCUUUUCCGUCCUACUCGUAUUCGCGUCGAAAUUAACGCGAUAUUUUUAAGAGAUUUAGACAACAAUUUUAGUUGUACGUUGUAAGCUAGAUAGAAGCAAUUCACAGAUAUAGAGCAAAUUUUUUUAUACACGAACAGUUGUUAAAGAGUGUUACAAAAUUAACGGACGCAACCUCGCUGCUAUAUUCUUCGCGUAUCGGAAAUAUAUUUUGAUAAACCACUCACGGGAAAACCGGUGAAGUUGCGGCUGUGUGUGCGUUCUGCGUUGUGGUCGCGACACACGUUUAUGCAUUUUAUCUUUUUAUAUACACACGCGCUAUUGCCGCGUAUUACGCGUAUAUAUGUACAUUGAGAAAAAGUGUUUGAAACACGAGAGACCGAAAAGAUUUUUGCCAAAACCAUAAUAGUAUUACCUGUACAAUAUUCCACGAAUCAUCGUUAUCAGCGUGUAACACAAUGCGUAAUAACCGUUGCAAAAUGUUUCUUUAGAAAAAAAAAAGAAAAGUCGCGAAGUUAUGAGAAAAUCAAUCAUAAUGUUAGCUCGCGUUGCAUACACGGAAAAAAAAGUUUUGCUAUUAUAUGGUUAGCAAGAAAAAUGGUUGACUCUACGAAAUUUUUUGUUU